CCAAAAGAGAGCCAGGGAGAGAAUAAUAAAGAAAAAAAUACAAUAAAAUAAAAACCGGUCACCGGCUUUGUCGGUUAACGGCGGUUCAUGUUCGAUGGGCGCGAAAAUUGAGAAAUUGCGGUGAAGCUGCGCGUAAUGCAGGCCCUCCCCAGGAUUAUUGGUCGGUCUUAGAGACAACGGAUUUCAGAUUCAGAUUUCAAAAUCAGGAAAAAAAAAAAAGAAAAGAAAACCAAAACAAGCAUUUUCGAAUUCAGCAAAAAUUUCUUCCUUGGAUUGAAAUUUUGAAUCGAAGAAAAACCCAAUUUCUUCGAUAUGGUUCUGAUCGCUGUUCGUCGUUCUCCUCGCGCUUUUCUCUCGAUUGCGGUGUCGUUGUAGCGCUCCUCAAGAAUCUCAGAAUCACACAUUUCUAGAGAGAGAGAGAGAGAAAUCGAGACGAGAAUUGAAGAGUUUUGUGGAGAGAGAGAGAGAGAAAUGUCGGACUCGGAGUUGGUGGCUCGGACUGGUCGUCAAUUGCAGCGGUACCAAGAUGGUUGCCGCCUCGUCGCCGGGUGUAUUCCUUUCAGGUAUAGAAAUCACAUCAAGGAUGAUCGCGGUGCAUAUGAGAAUGUUGUUGAGGUACUAAUGAUCAACUCAACAAGUGGACCUAAUCUUGUGUUUCCAAAGGGUGGCUGGGAAAAUGACGAAACUGUUGAGCAAGCAGCAGUACGUGAAGCUGUAGAAGAAGCUGGAGUUCGAGGUGAUUUAGUGCACUUCUUGGGGUACUACUGUUUCAAGAGCAAAACCCUGCAAGAUGAGUUUUGUCCGGAAGGUUUGUGCAAGGCUGCCAUGUUUGUGCUGCUCGUGAAAGAGGAGCUUCAGUUCUGGCCAGAGCAAAGCACUCGCCAAAGAAGCUGGCUCACCAUCCCGGAAGCCAUGGAGCGUUGCCGGCAUCAAUGGAUGCGAAAGGCUCUCGAGGAGGGUUUCUUGAAAUGGCAGGAAGAUCAAAUGAUGGCGACUUCCCCAAAGGAAGAAAACCACCUAGUGUCAUCCGCUUUAUCCCCCGAUCAGGAUUAAUCGAAAGGGCCUCUGUCAGAAACUGAACUAAGUCCCGUUUCCUUUUCAGGGUUCAAGGCACAGAUAAGAGGAUUCAACAAAUGUUUGUGCUUUUUAGGUGUUUUCCUGUGUGAUUUCUGCUGUUCUUUUUUACAAUUGAUCACUUUGUUUUGUUGUCAAGUUUAAAAUGGCAGAGGGUCAAACACAAACCGAAAUGAAGGAAGAAAAAGGCAAAAGUUAACCAUUUUUUCCCAAGUGAGCUUAAGUUUUUGACGGCCUGCAAAUUUGAGGUCUCCUUUCUUAGGAUUUCAACUAGAAGUGGUACUUUUUAGUAUUGGAAAAAUAUGUUGCCAAAAAGUUUACAUUAGCAUGUUCUUUGUAUUUUACGAAUAUCUGCCAUAAUAACAAUAUAAUUUCCUGGUUAGCCAAAAUAGGAUAAUAUUCAGUGACCUAUUAUUUAUGGAAAAGCGU